UGCUAAGUUGCUCGGGCCUGAGGUGACUCAGGAGGCCUUUGAAUCCGUUUUGUGUGGAGAGUCGGCGUCGGAGUGGGCGCGGGAAGGGGAUUUCGUCGCAUUGCAUCGCUUCUUUGUGCACAUUAUUAUUAUGUUACCUUAGGCCCGAGGCCUUGCAAGUCGCUUUGAUACACAUCAGAGAGGCCCGGGCUGGUUACUUUGAGCUUCGGCUGUUGCAUGAAGACUCAUUGCACAAUCUGCAAGACUGGUAAGGUUGCUUUCUCAUGUACAUUCAUUAUGAAUACUUCACGAAGCAGUUCUUCAUUCCUCGGUGAUGGAUUUGAUCUUAGUUUGACUGGCUCUCAAUUAUCUAUAUCCAAACGCCCCAGCAGUGCUUCGCCUGCCAAACAGCUAGCACGGUCCACCUCUGUCAGCUCUGAAAACAAGUCCAAGACAAACUCUUUGGGUGAUGCUGGUCUUGGAAACCUCUCUGGCAGUAAUUCUCGAGCCAUUAACAAUUUACGAAGAUCAAAUAGUACCACACAAGUCAAUCAGAAAGCCAGUGCCGCAUCAAGUGAAGAAAGAGCAGACGAUUUCCUGGCUCUGUUUGAUAGCUGUGCAGAUGGAAGAAAAAAGCUGUCCAGUUUGAGCAAGACCUCCCCAGAGAAGAGAACCACUUGGAAUGUUCUGGAUGAGGAGCCCAGAGUUUUUCCAGUUCCUAUUAGUGGCCGCAGUACUAGUACUAUAGAUGUGCCAGUCUUGUCUAAAAGGAGGGAGUCGGGUGUAUCACUAGCAGCCAACUUUACAGCCAACAAUCGGAGCAACAAGGGAACUGUUGGGAAUUCUGUCACCACAAUGUUGCACAACAACUACUCUACUGUUGACAAACCUUUGACUCCAAAAAGCUCCAACCAGAAAGCAACAUCUCUCAACAACAUGAUUAAAGUGCCAACUCACGAUGAGAACAGCUUGGACCAAAACUCCUUAAAGAAAUCACAAAAAAAUCUCUCCAGUAAUAAUGUUGCAACAAGAAACAACACAAGUAUGCUGAACAAAAAGAGGGAAGUGACUGAAGAGGAAGCAGAAAGGUUUAUACAACAUGUGAAUCAUGCAGCGAUUACCAUUCAGCGUUGGUACCGACAGCAUUUCCAGAGGCGCACAGCAGGUCAAGCUGCACUUAAGCAACUUCUUACUGCAAAAAAACAGGAGAAAGAGCAAGAAAUGCAGGCUGAAAGUGUCCAAGAGUACCAGAGGAAAAAAAGUGAGGAGAGGAGAAAGAUCCGUGAAGAGAAAGCUCGACAGGCUAGGAAGGCAGCUAUACAGGAACUUCAACAGAAACGGGCAGUGAAGGCUGCAGAAGACAAAAGAAUUAGUGAGGAAGAAGUUGCUGCACAGAAAGAAAGGGGAAAAGUUACUAAGAGAAAAGCAACCAAGACUGUGCCCAUAAAUAAUACAAGUCCAGUUCACAGUCAAGUCAAAUCCAGAAAUUCAGCUACAGAUCUAGAAGUGUAUUCUAACCAGGGAACUGAGACUCCUCUUGGACCUUGUAUAAAGGCAGAAGAAUUACAGAACCAGACACAGGAUAUGAUUCUGAGAGGGAUGCCAGUUGAGCAACAAGAGACAAUGACGUUGAGUGUAACCCAGUCUAAAACAACGCUAAAUGACGUGCUUGACACACUCAAACUGCUGGAGGAAGAACCUGCAUUACUUCCAGAACCAAAGGUCUACAAAAAGGAUAAAUAUGCUUGGAUAGAUGAGGAUUGUGACUCAACAUCUCUGACAGCAGAUAACUUGGAGAAACUAGGACAAAUUGAAGAGGCAUCAGGUCGACCUGAGGGUGGCACUCUGCUGUCUGAAGCAAAGCUGAAAAGCAUUAUGAGUUUCCUGGAUGAGAUGGAGCACUCUGAGCAAGAGCGCCCAACGUCCCGUUCCUCAGUGGCACCUAGAGAGGGUUUAUUAUCUGAAGAGGAACAGGCCCACCUGGAGCAGGCUUCAGUCAUGGCAACGGAGGUGACGAGCUCAAUGAUCAGGUUAAAACUGGAAUGUGAAGAGAAGAAGCGUACUGUUGCUAUGUUACAGACUGCUUUGACCCAACAGAGGGAAUUAACUGUGCGGCACAUGAAGGAGACUGAAAAAGAAAUGAGCCAACGAUUAAGAGUGCAGAAGGAGCAGUAUGAAUCAACCAUCCAAAGGCAUCUAGCUUUCAUUGACCAGCUGAUAGAUGACAAGAAGGGGUUAAGUGAAAAAUGUGAGUCUGUGGUAAAUGAACUGAAGCAAGUGGACCAGAAAUACACUAAGAAAAUCCAGCAGAUGCAGGAUCAGCAUGAUCUGGAAAUCAAGAACUUAAAAGAAUUAAUGAGUGCAACAGAAAAAAUCCGGAGAGAGAAAUGGAUAGAUGAGAAAACAAAGAAAAUUAAAGAAAUUACUGUAAAAGGUUUGGAGCCAGAGAUUCAGAAGCUAAUAGCUAAACACAAACAAGAAAUCAAAAAACUAAAAGCAUUGCACGAGGCUGAACUUGCGCAGUCUGAUGAACGUGCAGCUCGUCGGUAUAUUAGGCAGACUGAGGAACUGAGGGAACAGCUGGAGAAGGAGAAAGAAGACCUCUGCCAGAGGGAGCGAGAUCUUGCCAGACAGAGAUAUGAGAAGCAGCUUGAACAGGAGGAGCAAGCCAUCCAGCAACAGCGAAGGAGACUGUAUGCUGAGGUGUCUGAAGAGAAAGAACGCCUGAAUCAGCAGGCAGCUCGGCAGCGAGCUGAGCUGGAUGAGCUACGAAGUCAGCUGGAGGAGAACUGUUCCCUUGUAACCAAAGCCCUUAAAGAGGAAUUUGAAAAGACAAAGGAAGAGCAAGAAAGACGCCACCAGGCAGAAAUUCAGUCGUUGAAAGAAAGAUUAGAAAUUGAGAAACAGGCCUGGGAAGAAAAUUAUAUGAAGAAACAGGAGGCUUGGUUACUUACCCGCGAACGAGGAUUAAAAGAAGAGGUACGCAAAGGACGGGACAAGGAGAUCGAACUGGUUAUUCAACGCCUAGAAGAAGAAGUUAGAGUUUCUAAGCAGGAAUGUGAGAGGGUGGCUGAAAAUACGAUUAAGCACGUUCGUCACAAAUACGAAGCAGAACUGAGGGAGCUGGAACAUUCAGAGCGGAACCUGCAAGAAAGAUGCAAUGAACUUAAGGCCCAAUUGAUGGAAGCAGAGGGAGAGGCCAUCCGGUUCAAGGGAUUAUUCAAAUAUAAAGAACAGGAAAUAGAAGAUAUAAGAAAGAUUAAAGAUAGACUUACAGAAGAGCGAAACAGUUUAGCAGAGGUCAUUCGUCAGGAGUUUGCGGACCGGUUGGUGAGCACCGAAGAAGAAAAUAAGCGGGUAAAGACUGAGAUGUCUGAGAUGCGUGCACGUCAACGCUUGGAAAUUGAACGAAUCACCAAAGAGAAGGAGGAGGAGCUGGAGGAGGUUCAUAAACGUGUAAAAGCAGCAAUUGUGAAGAAAGAGGAGACUGUGAAUAAUCUUCGCAAACAAUACGAGGCAACACUUAAGAGAGCAGACCAUCUGGAAGCCCUGCUCGAACAGCAGAGGAAACAGCUCCUUGGAAAGUGAACAUUGGAGGCCUGUGUAUAGGAGAGGGCAUUGUAAUCCUGGGCAGCAAAACCAUCACACAAGGAGCAUUCAGUCCGUUGGGUUGUACAUGUGACCUGCACAAGCGUGAUCCAUUUGUGAGGAUGUCAACAGAGUAGCAACAGAAUAACUUUUGUUUUCAAUCAGUAAUCAUACUGUAGUUCAGUUGUCCAAAUCAGGCAUUAUAUGUUUAUCUAAACAAUCUUUUUAAAGAAAAAAUGGUUUUUAUUUUUCUACAUUAUCUACUGUAAUAUUUUCUCAAUUUGCAGUCUUUGUUUUGUAUGUUAGCUGUAAAGUGGAGCAUGAUGAAAUUUAUAUAAAAAAAAGUCAACAGGUUUCAGUAUUGUACAGCCCCUCCUGUAAUUAAAUGACACACUUUGAUUGGAGAAUGUAUCAAGGAACUCAGCACCAAGCCGAUGUAAGUGUUACUAAAGAAAUGACAUAUGUUGCAGUUGAUAUGAACCCUUUUCCUCCUGCUUCUCAUCGCCGUCAUACCUAACCAACUGUGAUACCGUGUCUUGCUCCUGAAAUCAGCAGCUGCAGGCGCAACGAGCAGCAAUAGAUAGCAAGUUGGCAUAUCCACAGUGUCAAGGGCGUCAGCUGACUUGAUCAUACUGAAAGAAUGGAGGGUUGCUUUAAAUGUUUUUGUACUCUCUGGAUGCCCCAAGACACUUCCCACUAAGCUGUGUACUUUUGAAGUGUGCUUACUGUUAUAAUGAGGGAAAUGCAGUGGCCGUUUUACACACAGGAGGAUUCCACAAAAUACAACAUGAUAAUGAAUUGAUUAUCUUUUAAAUGUUGGGCAGGUAAAAGUGGUGGGGGGAGAUGAGGAGGACAGAAGGGGGUUGGGGUGCUUCUUUCCUGCCGCUCAGAACAGUGCAAGCAGUCGUGGAGAGCAAGUGGUGGUUCACUUCAGCAUUUCAUCUGAUAUCGCUGCACCACGGGAAAGUUUUGAUUAAUCUAGAAUGGGUGCAGAAAGGAUUCAUAAGGACAUUGCCUGGACUGGAGGGCCUGAGUUAUAGGGAGAGGUUAGGUAGGCUGGGUCUGUUUUCCCUGGAGCAAAGGAGCCCAAGCAGUGACAUGAUAGAGGUAUAUAAGAUUACGAGAGGCAUAGAUAGGGUAGAUAGCCAGUGUCUGUUUCCCAUGGUAGGGUUAUCUAAAACUAGGGGGCAUAGGUUUAAGGUGAGAGGGAGGAGGCUUACAGGGGUCAUAAGAGGUACAUUUUUCACACAGGCAGGAAUGAGCUGCCAGAGGAAGUGGUGGAGGCAGGAACAGUUGAUACAAGAGUUGAUACGUGGAGCAACAAACAAACUGCUGGAGGAACUCAGCGGGUCGAUCAGCAUCUGUGGAGGGGAAUAGACAGUCAAUGUUUCGGGUCGAGACCCUUCAUCUGGAUUUGUAGACAGUCCAGACAAAGGCUCUUGACCCAAAACGUCAACUGAGCAUUUUUCGAGGCAUCCGGGCAGGUACUUGAGUGAGUAAGACAUAGGGGGAUAUGAAAUUAAAGCAGGCAAGUGGGAUUAGUAUUGAUAUACAUGGUCGGCAUAGAUGUGAUGACCUGUUUCUAUAUUGUACAACUCUGUGGCAUCUUCGUCAGUGCUGCAUUGAAUGUUGGUCAAGAUUUUGAUUCUCAAAAUUUCUGAGUGGAAUUGAAUUCACUACUUGCUGACUCAGAGGUGUGAGUGCAACCAUGGGUGAUGCUUGACAAUGAGGAUUAAGCAAGGAACACGUUCCCUGGUAGGAAUGGAAAUAAAUUACACAGAUAUUGCCCUGAA